AAUUAAACACUUUCUUUGAACAAAAAUUAAUGUUUAUUUCUGAUUUUAAAAGACAUUUUUGUAGGCCCCUAGAAGUAUUGUGGGCCCUAGGCAUUUUGCCUUCUGUGUCUAACGGAUGAGUCGGCCCUGCUAGUAUGUGUCUCCGGCAAAAGGCAGCCAGACUCGGCCUUUUACGGAAAGAAAGGCAAGUUACUGGGAAGGAGGAAUUUCGGGGUGGGGAUGGAGGAGUGGGGAGGAAGUGUGCUUAACAAGUUGUAUAAUAUCUCAAAAUCUGAAACACAAACCAUUUUCACAUCCACACUCUACGAAACAAACCAAACAGAAACAAUCCCAUACAUGGUUACAGACACACAAUGGGUCCCACAACAUCAUACAGCAUGAAAACGCGAACAGACCUACACAUGCCCAGGCGUUCUUUCUUUAAAACAAAUGCAUAUUUAAUGCCGGCUGUGCUCCUGGCACUACUCCAGGUGAUGAUGCUACCUGGGCGAAGGGUGAAAGACUAAAGUCCUGUCCUCACAGCUCACACCUAGGUAACCACCGUACCCAAGAGCCCACCACCUACUCCUCCUCCUCCUGCUGCACGCAGGUUUGAGGAUCUGAAGUCCCCAAGCGCCUGCUCGGCCUGCUACAGUCUGGACUCAUAUUCCACUCGCCUUUUCCACGUACGCAGGUCUACCUGAAGCCACAGUCCUCCCGCGGUCGGGUCAACCUCCGCCGCGCGCCGAUAGACGCCUGCGCCUGCGCACUCGGAACACCGCGCACUCCCGGCGCCAGGACAGUUCCGGAUGGACUGCAUUUCCCAGAAGCCACCGGGCUCGCAUCAGCCUCGGUCCCUGGGUCCUCUUCCGGUGGCCAAGCAGCCGUGGUCCCUACGUGUGCUGCCUGUCUCGGAAAAAAAAAAAGGAUCCUGAGAGAGGAAAGAAUUUUUGUUACACAACUAAAAGUUUAAGUUCAGGUUUUUCUGUUUCCAAGCCAGGUGUAAUUCCUGAAUUGGAACAAGGAGUCCAGGCCCAGUAGGUGGAGAGUGUAGUGAGAAGAGGAUUUGUCCAGCUCUGGCUUCUCUGGACUCAGCUUCUGAGGAUGAUUGGCAGUUCUAAAACCAUGGGCCGGGUGCCACUGACAUUCAGUGAUGUUGCCGUAGACUUCUCUCAGGAGGAGUGGGAAUGCCUAAACUCACAUCAGAGGAAUUUGUACAGAGAUGUGAUGUUGGAGAAUUAUACUAACUUGGUAUCACUGGACAUUGAUUUCACAAGUGAGAGCAACAAAUUAUCUUCAGAAAAAAGCAGUUAUGAAGUAAAUUCAUACCAUCGCGAGACAAUGAAUAGAAGUAAAACCUUCAACUUUAUGGCGUUUAUUUUCAGAAAUGACUCACAGAACAGAACUAAAUUUGAAAGACAACAGGCACCUAAAGUGGGAUAUUUUAAUCAAAUGAUAUUCAGAAAACAUAUAUCCCUUCCUCUACAUCAAAGACUUCACACUAAAGAGAAGUCAUAUGAAUGUAAGGAAUGUAGAAAGGGCUUUAGGAAAUAUUCACACCUUACUGAACAUCUGAGAGACCAUAGUGGUGUAAGACCCUAUGAAUGUAAGGAAUGUGGAAAGGUCUUUACAGUUCUCCAGCAUUUUAUUAGACAUAAAAAAAGUCACACUGACUUGAAACCCUUUGAAUGUAAUGGAUGUGAGAAGGCCUUUAGGUUUUAUUCACAGCUUAUUCAACAUCAGAUAAUUCAUACUGGUGUGAAACCCUAUGAAUGUAAGCAAUGUGGGAAGGCCUUUAGACGUCAUUCUCACCUUACUGAACAUCAGAAAAUUCAUAUUGGUUUGAAACCCUACAAAUGUAAGGAAUGUGGGGAAACUUUUAGGUUGUACCGACAUAUGUGUCUCCAUCAGAAAAUUCAUCAUGGUGUGAAACCCUAUAUUUGUAAGGAAUGUGGAAGGGCCUUUGGUCAUCGUUCAAGCCUCUAUCAGCAUAAGAAAAUUCAUUCUGGUGAGAAACCAUAUAAAUGUAAACAAUGUGGAAAGGCCUUUGUUCACAGCUAUCUACUUAUUGAACAUCAGAGAAGUCAUACUGGUGAGAAGCCUCAUGAAUGUAAGGAAUGUGGAAAAGCCUUUAGUAGGGGCUCAAGCCUUCUUAAACAUAAGAGAAUUCAUAGUAGCGAGAAACUCUACGAUUGUAAGGAAUGUGGGAAGGCCUUCUGUAGAGGCUCUCAACUUACACAACAUCAGAGAAUUCAUACUGGUGAGAAGCCCCAUGAAUGCAAAGAAUGUGGGAAGACUUUUAAGCUCCAUUCUUACCUUAUUCAACAUCAGAUCAUUCACAGUGAUUUGAAACCAUAUGAAUGUAAACAAUGUGGGAAAGCCUUCAGUCGUGUCGGGGACCUUAAAACACAUCAGUCAAUUCAUGCUGGGGAGAAACCUUAUGAAUGUAAGGAAUGUGGAAAAACCUUUAGACUUAAUUCUCAACUAAUUUAUCAUCAGACAAUCCAUACUGGUUUGAAACCAUAUAUAUGUAAAGAAUGUAAGAAGGCCUUCCGUUCUAUCUCAGGUCUUUCUCAACAUAAGAGAAUUCAUACUGGUGAAAAACCUUAUGAAUGUAAAGAAUGUGGUAAGGCCUUUAAUCGUAGUGAUCGACUUGCUCAGCAUCAGAGAAUUCAUACUGGUGUGAAGCCACAUAAAUGUAAGGAAUGUGGGAAAGCCUUUACUCGUUGCUAUCAACUUACUCAACAUCAAAGAUUUCACAUUGGCGAGAAAGUCUUAAUGUAAUGAGGGUCAGAAAGCCUUUAGCCGUGACACAUCCUUUAACAUUAUCACUCUUCUACCACCUAACGAUAUGGUAAAGAUUAAAUUAUUUAACAUAAAAUAUGAUUG